GUUAUAUUGCUGUUACCCUUUGUACAGCAUACCUCCAUUUUAUUCAAAAGGCCGGAAAUAGACCAUCGUAGGUAUCUGACUGCACAAGGCUUUUGAAUCAGGUGCUAUCUACCACAAGCAGGAGUCGUUGAGUUACAGUGCCAUCUUUCUGCCUUCAAACUGCGACGGUGACAAUAACAUCAUUGUGGUGGGAGGCUGGUAUGAUGGCAUUGGGAUGGAGCCACUUUAUGGCCUUGUUUCUCUGGGGCUUGGCCGCAGGUGUUGCACCUUGGACAGCAGGUCCCUGUGACCUCACUGCUACAAAGGCAUACUUCAACUGUAGUGGGAGGAAGCUGACAGAGGUUCCUGGGGAGGUCUGGGCAAAUGCGACCAUGCUCGACCUGUCCCAGAAUUCCCUGAACCUCACUCGUUCCUCGACCCUGAGGGCCCUGAGGAGACUCGAGGGUCUGGUCCUACUGAACCUGUCCGGCAGCUACCUCCCCCUGCUGGACACUGGCACACUGGCGGGCCUGAGCCAACUCCAUGUCCUGGACCUCAGCUCCACCCACCUGGCGGAGAUCAAGCCUGGUGCGUUCCAGGCCGUCCCCAAGCUGUACACGCUCUUUCUUGGGAACAACAGACUGCGAGACCCCCUACCGGCUGCCCUGGGAGACCUGAGAUUCCUAUCCUUCCUUGAUCUCCAUGGUAAUGACCACCUGAGGGCUGCUCCCCCAGCUUGGCUUAAGGGUGUGCCCCAAUUAAUCAGGCCCAGAGCUUGGCAUGGCUUGGUUCUUGGCGACAUGUCUGGAGGUGCAUCGAGUUUUCACCGGAAACUGCUGGUAGAUGACGAAGUCAGAAACAGAAGCUUGAAAGUAGAGGUGUCCGGCGAGGACGUCCCCGGUCCGAGGCACACCUUCUCGUACCUCAUGGCCGCUCUGCUGACGACCCUCUGCAUCGCCGGCGUGAUCGUGUUUGCGGUCAAGUUCAAGGUGUUUCGCCGCUACUUAGCCAGCUACCGCCACGCCUUACUGCCUGAGGGCGACACCACCAGCCAGUGCAGCCGGGCGGGGCUGGGGCUCGGGGGCCCUGGAUACAACUCUCACAGCGACGGCCGGCCCCCUGAGGUGGAGGACGACGACGACGGCUUCAUCGAGGACAACUACAUCCAGGCCAGCGAGAGAGAGAGGGCACAGAGGGAGGCUGAAGAGAAGGAGGAAGAGGGGGGAGAGGAGAGCAGCGACGACGAUAUCCAGUUUAGCAUCGGUUAGCGCUACGGGUGUGAGGCAGUGGGCGAUCAAUAUACGUAGCUGACCAAUUAUUUGUUUAUAGUGAUUUUUUUUACAAUAGCAUGCACUGUUUAACACUGAUUGACUUGUUGCUGUAAAUAAUUGAAUACACAGUGACACACUGUUGUUUCUGGCGAAAAAGCUGACAUGAGGCAAACGGGGUCAAACUGGUGUGAAGUAUGCCUGUUUCGCAGAUUUGAAUUAUCUUUUGAAAGAAGACACUCCCUAUCGAAACGUUCUUGAUCAAUAGCCAAAAAAAAAUUAUCUACAGUAUUUGUAAAUGAUCCAUUUUCUAUGUAUUUAUCACACUUUAUAUAUUUGUCACUAAAUGGA